AGGCCUGGCCUCUCCGCGGUGCUAGGAGCUCCCCAUUUUCCACCCAGGCCCCCGCACCUGCCCCCACGCGGGCGUCCACUCUGCUCAGGCGCCCUCCGCAGAGGCUCAGGUCCCCCAGCAGGGUGCGGGCAGAUGCGGGCCACGGGCGCCCUCAAGGAAACUAUGCCCCAGACAUCUGUGGUCUUCUCCAGCAUCCUCGGGCCCAGCGGUAGCGGACAGGCACAGCCCGGCAUGGGGGAGCGGGGCAGCAGUGCUGGUGGUGCUGGGGACCUCAUCUUCCAAGAUGGACGUCUUGUCUCUGGGUCCCUGGAGGCCUUGAUGGAGCACCUGGUCCCCACUGUAGACUACUACCCUGAUAGGACAUUCAUCUUCACUUUCCUGCUGACCUCCCGUGUCUUCAUGCCCCCACAUGACCUGCUGGCCCGUGUUGGGCAGAUCUGCCUGGAGCAGAGGCAGCAGCUGGAAGCUGGGCCCGAGAAGGCCAAGCUGAAGUCCUUCUCCGCCAAGAUCGUGCAGCUCCUGAAGGAGUGGACAGAGGCCUUCCCCUACGACUUCCAGGACGAGAAGGCCCUGGGCGAGCUCAAGGCCAUCGCGCACCGUGUCACCCAGUGCGAUGAGGAGAAUGGCACAGUGAAGAAGGCCAUCGCACAGAUGAUCCAGAGCCUGCUGCUAUCCCUGGCCGCCCGGAGCCAGCUUCAGGAGCUUCGGGAGAAGCUGCGGCUGCCGGCUGUGGACAAGGGACCUGUGCUGAAGGCCAAACCGCCGGCAGCACAGAAGGACAUCCUGGGCGUGUGCUGUGACCCCCUGGUGCUGGCCCAGCAGCUGACCCAUAUCGAGCUGGAGAGGGUCAGCAGCAUUCACCCUGAGGACCUGAUGCAGAUCAUCAGCCACACAGAUUCUUUGGACAACCACCACAGGCCAGGGUCCUCUGGAUCUGUGACCUGCCUUGUCCCCCAGUGCCGAGGAGAUGUGGCCAAGACCUACAGCCUAGAGGCCUAUGACAGUUGGUUCAACUGCCUGAGCAUGCUGGUGGCCACCGAGGUAUGCCGGGUGGUGAAGAAGAAGCACCGGACCCGCAUGCUGGAGUUCUUCAUUGACGUGGCCCGCGAGUGCUUCAACAUCGGGAACUUCAACUCUAUGAUGGCCAUCAUCUCUGGCAUGAACCUCAGUCCUGUGGCACGGCUGAAGAAAACGUGGUCCAAAGUGAAGACAGCCAAGUUUGAUGUCCUGGAGCACCACAUGGACCCAUCCAGCAACUUCUGCAACUACCGCACGGCCCUGCAGGGUGCCACGCAGCGGUCCCAGACGGCCAACAGCAGCCGCGAGAAGAUCGUCAUCCCUGUGUUCAACCUCUUUGUCAAGGACAUCUACUUCCUGCACAAAAUCCACACCAACCACCUGCCCAACGGACACAUCAACUUCAAGAAGUUCUGGGAGAUCUCCAGGCAGAUCCACGAGUUCAUGACCUGGACGCAGGUGGAGUGCCCCUUUGAGAAGGACAAGAAGAUUCAGAGCUACCUGCUCACCGCGCCCAUCUACAGUGAGGAAGCUCUCUUCAUCGCCUCCUUUGAGAGUGAAGGCCCCGAGAACCACAUGGAGAAGGACAGCUGGAAGGCCCUCAGGACCACACUCCUUCACAGAGCCUGAGUGGGAUGCGCCUGCGCCUGUGGACGCCGCGACGCUCACGCAUGCGCUGCGCUGUCAUGGCGGAUGUGGGUUGAGACCGGGAGGCCUCACUGGUUGGGGUCCAUUUUGUACAUAACUUUUAUGAAAAAGAAAAUGGUAAUUAUUUCAUGCAUCAACCUUUGGCACUUACAAAGAUUUUUGUUUAUUUUGAGUAACAGGGCAGGGCCCUGCUUUGGGGAGGGGUGGGAAAGAGUAUCAAGGGAGAUGGUAUCCAUGAUAGCAUCUUCUAACGAAAUGUAGAGUUUUAUUUUCUACUUUUGAUUAUGAACAUCUUAUGAGAAAAUAUUUAGAAAACCCAACCAAAAGCAGCAGCGUGAGCCCUGCCUGCUCGGACACCUUCCCAGCCAGUCUCUGAUGUCGGGUUAGUGCCUUAGAGGGUACUGGGGUCCGGUCUUCCUGCUCGAGCCCUGCCCUGGGCAGCGGCUCCUGGGGAGGGGCUGGGGCGGCCGGAGGGCGGCGAGCCUUCGAUGCGGGCUUUCCAAAGUUUACAUUUUCAUUUUACUUUAUCAGGGAUUUAGGGGUCAGGGAGGGCAAGGGGGUGGCCUGGCAGUGUGUUUUCUGUAAGACCAAGUCUUACAGAUGGAUCUUUAAUUGCAUUUUCGAAAAGAACAAAUGUAAAAUAACAGGGAUUGCUGGCCUUCUGGUAGGGCUUGUAACUGAAAAACACCCUGAGCUGUCCUGAGGCGAUCACAGAGUGGACAGGGGGACGGUGCCAUCCAAAGCUGCUCCCGAAACCCCACACAGAGGGACGAGGAGCCCCGUGGGUGUGCGUGCGGUGCCCGACGCCCCCUUGCACAGAAUUGAACCUGGAAGAUCGCCAGGCAGGUCCACUGGAGCCCUUUCCACAAAACUGCCCAACUGGGAUGGGGCCGCACACCGGAGUGGGUGUCACCCACAUCCCACGUCAACCUCCCGGCACAAACCCUGGGCCUUACUGACCGGGUCGGUGGUGCGGUAGGCCACACCGACGGUCUCCCUCGGGGCGCCUCGCCCUGCCCUCUCUGGGCUCCAGGGGCCUGAGCCGCACCGUGCCCGGUGUCUGCACUUUCCUGCCCGAGGGACGGAUUGCACAGGACAGUGCGUACUGCUCUGUUUACGCUUUGGGAUAAGAAAGGCUGAAAUUGAGAAUAUAUAUUUGGAUACAAAGUUAGAACAUUUCCCAUGUGUUGAGGAGCCUUCAUGUCAGUGUGCGCUUGGUCUCAGUUCUAGUACUUGAAACAGUGUUCACGUUUGCUACUUUCCUUUCCUGGUUUGAUACCUAGCCUAAAUUCAAUGUUUUGGUAUCUUGAGGUGAUCUCUGAGUAUAAAGCUGUACCAUAAUGCAGGAUGUCAGUUUUGGUGUGAUUGGUCAUACUUGCAUCAAUAAAAGAAUAUGUCGUCCCCCA